GGGGGAGCCGGCAGCUGCUUGCGGAGCCGGAGCUCGUUUCCUGCCCGUCCUCGCCCGGCUGCGAGCAGCCCUGAGCCCCUCCCCAUCCCCCGGGCUGUGCCUCAGUUUCCCCCUCCGAGAGGCUCUGGAGGUACACGCCAUAUGGAGGAAGCCAGUUGCUGCCACUGCAGCACUCCCCGUCCCUUCCCCUGACGUCACCGCAGCAGGGUGACACCGUGGCUCACUGGGUGCAGCACCCGCGGGAGGCUCUGCUAGCCGCUGCCAGAAAGGGCCCCUAUUUUGGUGGGACCAUCACCCAACAACAUCCCCGGCUGGGAAACCUUGCACUGAGACACCAGGCUGCUGGGUGAAGCGGGAUGAGCAUGCCGGCCGAUGAGCCGGGCAACCCGGCCCAUGCCAUCUUUGAGAGGUUCCUGCGUGCCGGGGAGUGCCAGGAGGUGCUGGGCUGCUUUGGGGAGCUGUGCCGGCAGCUGGGGCUGCAGGGCAGUGGGCUGCGGCUCUACCAUGGCCUCAAGGCUGCCCUCAACUACUGGAGUGCCAAGGCCCUGUGGAGCAAGCUGGAUAAGAAAGCCGGGCACAAGGACUACGACCAGGGCACAGCCUGUGCCAGCACCAAGUGCUUGGUGGUGGGGGCCGGCCCCUGUGGGCUGCGGGUGGCCAUCGAGCUGGCGCUGCUGGGCGCUCGCGUGGUGCUGCUGGAGAAGCGGGACUCCUUCUCACGCAACAAUGUCCUGCACCUCUGGCCCUUCACCAUCCACGACCUGCGGGCACUGGGCGCCAAGAAGUUUUAUGGGCGCUUCUGCACUGGCACCCUGGACCACAUCAGUAUCCGGCAGCUCCAGCUGAUCCUGCUGAAGGUGGCUCUGCUCCUGGGGGUGGAGGUGCACAUCAACGUGCAGUUCAAGGGCCUCGUACCCCCUGCGGGCAAGGCGGGUGGACAGGGUGGCUGGCGGGCUGUGCUGCAGCCGAGCUCCUCUCCUCUCAGCCACUAUGAGUUUGAUGUCCUCAUCUCAGCUGGCGGUGGCAGAUUUGUCCCCGAAGGGUUCAAGCGGAAGGAGACGCGGGGGAAGCUGGCCAUCGGCAUCACCACCAACUUCAUCAACCGCCACAGCCAGGCCGAGGUGGAGGUGGCCGAGAUCAGCGGCGUGGCCCGAAUCUACAACCAGAAGUUCUUCCAAAACCUCUACAACAAAACGGGCAUCGACCUGGAAAACAUUGUGUACUACAAGGACGACACUCACUAUUUCGUCAUGACAGCCAAGAAGCAGAGCCUGCUCAAGAAGGGGGUCAUCCUCCAGGACAAAUCGGACAUCGAGAGCCUUCUGUCCGCGGAGAACGUGAACCGGGAUGCCCUCCUCAGCUACGCCAAAGAAGCCGCCAACUUCUCCACCGAGUACCGCCUGCCCAAUCUGGAGUUUGCCCUCAACCACCGGAACCUGCCGGAUGUCGACAUGUUCGACUUCACCUGCAUGACACGCUCGGAGAACGCGGCGCUGGUGCGGGAGCACAACGGGGCCCGUCUGCUCCUCGGGCUGGUGGGCGACUGCUUGGUGGAGCCCUUCUGGCCGCUGGGCACCGGCGUGGCCAGGGGCUUCCUCGCUGCCUUCGACGCAGCGUGGAUGGUGCGGCGGUGGGCAGCCGGGACCCCCCCGCUGGAGGUGCUGGCCGAGAGGGAGAGCAUCUACCAGCACCUCUCACAGACCUCCCCGGACAACACCAACAAGAACAUCAGCCAGUACAGCAUUGACCCGGCCACACGCUACCCCAACAUCAACCUGCAGGCCAUCAAACCCACCCAGGUCCGGGACCUCUACCUCGUGGGCAUGGUGGAGGUGGACCACAAGAGGAAGAGCAACAACCGGCUCAGCACUGCAGUCUCCGGAGAUGCCUAUGAAGAGCUGCUGCGCUGGUGCCAGGCCAGCACGGCCGGGUACCGCGGUGUGGCGGUGACCAACUUCACCACCUCCUGGACCAGCGGCUUGGCCCUCUGCGCCCUUGUCCACCGCUUCCGCCCCGACCUGGUGGAUUUUGACUCCAUGGACUCCCAGGAUCCCAUCCGGACCCACCAGAUGAUGCUGGACACGGCAGAGCAGGAUCUGGGUAUCCAGCCUGUCCUCUCCAGCAUCGAGAUGGCCACCAUGGCAGAGCCCGACCGCCUGGGGCUCAUCACCUACCUCAGCCAGUUUUAUGAAGCUUUCAGGACCUCUCCAGAGGUGGAGGAGGUCAGCAAGAAGCCGCUGACUACCCGGGGCACGCGAGGGGCCAUCCUCUUCCUCAACAAGCUGCAGAAGAGCCGGAACCUGACACACAAGCGUGCCCAGGACAGCGCCCAGAAGGAUGCCGAGGCAAAGAGGAGCUGCAGGGAUGUUGAGCUGGACGCAGGGCUGGAUGGAGACACUCUGGACACUGCCCUUGAGCCACCGCCAGCUGCCACGACGGACCCAGGGCAGCUGCCAGCCCGCGUGGAGAGCAGCGACGCCUGCUACUUCUGUGGCCGCCGCGUCUACAUCCUGGAGCGAGCCAGCGCCGAGGGACGCUUCUUCCACCGCGGCUGCUUCCAGUGCUGGCAGUGCGGGGCCACCCUGCGCCUGGGCGACUACGCCUUCGACGAGGAGGACGGUCAUUUUUACUGCUCGCUUCACUACCCCAAUCCCCCUGGCAUGGACCUGCCCCAGGAUGAGCUGCUGGCACUGCCUGAUGGGGAUGCUGCUGCUGCCCGCCCACCCUCAGAUGCUGGGAGCCCGUGUGUGUCCCCCAAGGAGGGGGCACCCGAUCUCCUGCAGCCCCCACCAGCAGCCCCGCAGCCAGGGACAGAUCCUGGGGCAGCAGAGGAUGCUGCGGAUACUGGUGACAUGGAGGAGCAGGAGCUGCUGGCACAGCCCGAGGGGGUAGUGAGGGAGGAGAAGGUUCCUGGACUGGAGCCCCAAGGGGCGGGAGAGGAGGAAGAGAGCGGGGGCAGGAGGAAGAUCGUCCUCACACCCCUGGAGAAGCUCAAGCUGUCCACGCUGUCCCUCACUAGCGAAGCGGAGCUCGAGCCACCGCCAAAGCCAGCUCGUCUGCGGCUCCAGGCACCACCUGAGCCCCUCCCUGCCCCGUGGCUGGGACAGGGCGCUUGGGAGGAGAAGGAGGAGGAAAUGGCAGUGGAGGAAGCUUUGGAGGAGAGUGAGAGUGAGGAGGAGGAGGAGGAGGGGGAGGAAGGCACAGACCUUGACAUGAUGACAGAGUUGUGCCUGGACCUGGGGGAAGAAGAGAAAUACCCCACCUGGAAGCGCACACUCACCCGCCGGGCCAGGGAAGCCCAGAUGAAGCGGUUCUGCAAAGCCCAGGCCAUCCAGAGGCGGCUGGAGGAGAUCGAGGUGACCUUCCAGGAGCUGGAGCAGCAGGGCAUCAAGCUGGAGAAGUUACUCCGGGAUGAGGACCGCACCCUGGCUGACCAGAAGACGCAGUGGAUGAACCAGCUGCUGUAUCUGGUCCAGAAGAAGAAUGGCCUGAUGUCCGAGGAGUCAGACCUCAUGAUCCAGGUGCAGGAGCUGAAGCUGGAGGAGCAGCAGUGGCAGCUUGACCAGAAGCUUCGGUGCUACAUGAACAGGGAAGAAUCCCUGAAGACACCCGAGGAUCGCGUGGCCGAGCAGGAGAUCCUGGCGCAGUUGCUGGAUGUGGUGAACAAGCGCAACGUCCUCAUCCACCUCCAAGAGGAGAAGCGGCUCGCCGAGCUGCAGGCCUGAUCCGUGCAGCCCCAGGACCCUCCGGUUCCUCCCGGCGGGGGACGAGUGGUCCCUCCCUGGCUGAGCAUCACCCUGAGCUGCUUCUGAAGGUGGUGAUGCCUGAGCUGCCUGCAAGCAGCUGCUGCAGCGAAUCCAGGUCCCUGCUUGCCAAAGCCUGCCGUGAAGGGGCUGGACCUGCUGGUGGAUGCCCGUGUAGGGAGACGCUAAGGAGCACCCCAGCUUUGGGGUGCAGAAAGGGCCCCCCCAUGCUUGGCUGGAUUGCCUUUGCCUUGUGCUUGCUUGAAAACAAGAUUUGCAGGGGGCUAUGAAACACAGGGCUGCAGCGGCUCUGCCUGUGGUUUGCUACAGGAGGAAGAAGCCCCACAGAGAAAUGGGGUCUUUCCCGGCACAGGAGGUCCCACAGCCAUCACGGCUUCGAGGGGAUGCUGCCCAGAGGCUUGGCCGGGCACUGAAAUAAUUCUGUCUGACAGAACGCCUUGUGCUGGUGCUGCACCGCUGGGUGCCUCACAACAGGCUCCCGGUGGGAGAGGUGGCUCAUCGCGACCCAGCCAGCCCCGUGCCCCCAGCACCAAAAGGCUUCGCUCCUGGCAGCGAGGAUGUGACUGCGAGUCACCGUGGAGAUGCCAAAUGUGGAGGGGCAGCCUCAGGAGCAGCCCCUGGAAGCCACCCCGGGCCAUCCUUCCCUCCUGGGGACAUCCGUCCUAACGCAGGACAUCCAUCCUAGCGUGGGACGUCCAUCCCAGCUGAGGCCAUCCAUCCUAACCCAGGACAUCCAUCUCUUCCAGGGACAUCCAUCCCAGCCAGGGACAUCUGGCUCUACGGGUGGGGUCAGUGACAGACAGACUGGGCUGAUCUCGAUGCUCUGUAUUGCUGCUUUCGGGUGUCACGUUCACGCUGUCCCUGGCCGCUGCAGGAAACCAGGGUCAGAAACCUCCCUGUGAGGCCCCAGGGCUGGGGACGGGGCUUUUUGUCCAGCAGGUCCCCGAGAGCAUCGUGCCCAGGGCUCGCGCUGUGUGCAUCCGUGCACAAGGGACACUGGCAGCCACGUCCUCCUUGCCCCUUUGGGGGUUUCUCCUGCUUGGCAAUACCAAAGUGGCCUUUGCAAAGACCUCUCUGACCUUUCCAGAGUCCCCAGUUGCUGUGGGGUGGCCUCCACGGCUGAAUGGUGCUUAUGGCAGCCCCAGCCAUGUCAGGCACGGGGGUCCCAGGGUGACCCCCCCUAUUAGCAAUACCGCCCUCCCCGCACUCAGCCCUCGUCCUGCCGCUCUCUUCAGCGCCUCCCCACACCCUCCCAUCUACCUUUCAUUUGUACUAGUCCUAAUAUCCUGCUGCACCCCGCCCCCCUCAACCCCUUUGAAUAAAGCCUCCCCAAUCCGGUGCCAAGGACUAAAAC